UCUUGGCUGCCGACCCCUCUCCCUCUCCGCCUGAGCCGAAUGGGUUGCUGCUGCUGCCACUGAAGGACCCCUUUUUUCCUCCUCCUUUGGGCCAUGGCGACCCCCGGGCCCCUCAUCUUCCUAUCCCUCCUGCUGCCUCUCCUCUGCAGCUCGCCCUCCUGGGGGGCUCCAGGAGACCCGGUGGACGUCCUGAAGGCCCUCCAGUUCCAGAAGCAGCCCGAAGGAGUGCGCAAAGUGGCCGGCCUCUGCCCCAAGCGGCGCUCUGGAUCGGGGCCCGAUGUGGCCUUCCGUGUCUCCCGCCAGGCCCAGAUCAGCGCCCCCACGCGGCAGCUCUUCCCAGGCAAAUUCCCGGAGGACUUCUCCCUGAUGGCGCUGGUGAAGCCCAAGGCGGGCCUGCAAGCCUUCUUGCUCUCCAUCUACAACCAGGACGGGAUCCAGCAGCUGGGCCUAGAACUGGGGCGCUCCCCAGUCUUCCUGUAUGAGGACCAAAGUGGGCGCCCGGCCCCCGAGGACUACCCCAUCUUCAAGGGGGUCAACCUGGCCGAUGGCAAGUGGCACCGGGUGGCCCUGAGCGUGAGCAAGAAGCAGGUGACCCUGAUCCUGGACUGCAAGAAGAAGGUGACGCGGCCCUUGCCCCGGGGGAGCCACCCGGCCAUCGACACCCGCGGCAUCACCGUCUUCGGGACCCGCAUCCUGGACCAAGAGGUCUUCGAGGGUGACAUCCAGCAGCUGCUGAUCUCCUCCAGCCCCCAGGCCGCCUUUGACUAUUGCGAGCGCCACAGCCCUGAGUGCGAAAAAGACACCAAUCGACCCCAGGCCCAGGAGGCCCAGCAGAGGCCCAGCCGGACACAGAAAGCGUCCAAGGGCAAGGCCCCCGCUGCCAAACCCCAACCCAAAUCCAAGCCGCCCCAGAAGCAGCUUCCCAGUGUGGGUCCAGAGGAUGGGAAUCUUGACUCUGCCCCCCUUCCUUUGUGGCUACAUGUCUGUGACCUACAGGUCCUCCAUGGACCCAGAGGCAUGAAAGGAGAGAAAGGGGAGCCGGCCGUCUUCGAACCGGGAAUGCUGGUGGAGGGACGCCCCGGCUCCGAAGGACCCCCGGGCAUGAGCGGCCCCCCCGGCACCCAAGGGCCCACUGGACCCCCAGGAGAUCCCGGCGAAAGGGGACCCCCUGGACGGGCAGGCCUCCCCGGCUCAGACGGGACCCCCGGACCACCUGGCGCAUCCAUGAUGCUCCCAUUCCGUUUCGGGAGCAGCGGCGGGGGAAAGGGCCCGGUGGUGGCCGCCCAAGAAGCCCAGGCCCAAGCCUUCCUGCAACAAGCCCGGAUGGCCUUGCGAGGCCCCCCAGGACCCAUGGGGUACACCGGCCGGCCAGGGAUCAUGGGUCAACCUGGCAGCAACGGCAUGAAGGGCGAGUCCGGAGACUUUGGCCCCCAGGGGCCGAGGGGGCCCCAGGGACUAACCGGAGCCCCAGGGAAACCUGGACGACGAGGCCGUGCUGGAGCUGAUGGGGCCCGAGGGAUGCCCGGGGAGUCCGGUAACAAGGGCGAGCGUGGUUUCGAUGGCCUUCCGGGCCUCCCAGGGGAGAAGGGGCACCGGGGAGACUCCGGAUCCCAGGGAAUCCAUGGACCCCCCGGAGAAGAUGGCGAGAGGGGAGAUGAUGGCGAAGUCGGGCAGCGGGGCCUUCCUGGAGAACCGGGACCCAGAGGUCUCCUAGGUCCCAAAGGACCCCCAGGAAUCCCAGGACCCCCGGGCGUCCGAGGCAUAGACGGGCCGCAUGGACCGAAGGGCAACCUGGGUCCGCAAGGGGAACCAGGGCCCCCUGGUCAGCAAGGGACGCCAGGAACCCAGGGUCUGGCCGGACCCCAAGGCCCCAUGGGACCUCAUGGGGAAAAGGGCCCCACAGGAAAACCGGGUCUCCCAGGGAUGCCUGGCUCCGACGGACCUCCGGGCCACCCGGGUAAAGAGGGCCACCCAGGAACCAAAGGGAACCAGGGUCCAUCAGGUCCUCAGGGUUCAAUUGGAUACCCAGGUCCCCGUGGUGCAAAGGGAAUGGAUGGCAUCCGGGGCCUGAAGGGUCACAAGGGCGAGAAGGGAGAAGAGGGCUUCUCUGGGCAGAAGGGCGAUUUUGGCGUCAAAGGGGACCGGGGUGAAGCCGGUGUCCCAGGAUCCCGAGGUGAAGAUGGACCAGAAGGUCCCAAGGGACGGACGGGACCCCCAGGAGACCCAGGCCCCAUUGGGCUUCUGGGAGAAAAGGGAAAGCUCGGGGUGCCGGGUCUGCCUGGAUAUCCGGGGCGGCAGGGCCCCAAGGGUUUGCAAGGCUUCCCAGGAUUCCCAGGGACCAACGGCGAGAAAGGAGGCCGGGGCAUUUCUGGGAAACUUGGACCCCGAGGCGAGCGAGGACCCACAGGCCCCAGGGGCCAGCGAGGGCCUCGAGGAGCAACGGGAAAGUCGGGAGCAAAGGGUACUUCCGGUGGCGAAGGGCCAGCUGGGCCUCCUGGUGAACUGGGGCUCCCUGGAUCCCAAGGACCCAACGGCUUCCCUGGCCCCAAAGGACCUCCGGGUCCCCCCGGGAAGGAUGGUCUCCCCGGACACCCAGGCCAGCGAGGAGAAGUGGGCUUCCAAGGCAAGGCGGGGCCUCCGGGUGGCCCAGGAGUGGUGGGAGCUCCGGGCGCCUCCGGAGAAACUGGCCAGAUGGGUGAGAGGGGCCACUCUGGGCCCCCCGGCCCCCCAGGAGAGCAAGGGCUGUCUGGGCCAUCUGGGAAGGAAGGGACGAAGGGCGACCCUGGACUGCCUGGAGGCCCCGGGAAGGACGGUCCGGCCGGACUCAGAGGCUUCCCCGGAGAAAGGGGUCUUCCUGGGACACCGGGGGGACCAGGGCUAAAAGGCAAUGAAGGACCAGCUGGACCCCCAGGACCUGCGGGGUCUCCGGGUGAGAGGGGGGGACCGGGCUCAGGAGGCCCCGUCGGACCCCCAGGAAGACCUGGUCCCCAAGGACCCCCCGGACCGGCCGGAGAGAAGGGCGUCCCCGGUGAGAAGGGGCCCCUCGGUCCAUCCGGCCGUGAUGGCGUUCAGGGUCCGGUCGGCCUCCCUGGCCCCGCAGGGCCCCCCGGUGGCCCCGGAGAGGAUGGAGACAAGGGCGAAGUGGGGGACCCCGGGAAGAAGGGCCCCAAAGGAGGCAAAGGGGAGCACGGUCCACCCGGCCCACCUGGACCCAUUGGAGGCCUUGGUCAACCAGGAGCUGCAGGUGCCGAUGGAGAGCCAGGGGCCCGGGGCUCCCAGGGACACUUUGGGGCCAAAGGCGACGAAGGGACCAGAGGGUUCAAUGGGGCUCCAGGGCCCAUCGGGCUGCAGGGCAUGCCAGGUCCAUCUGGGGAGAAGGGCGAAACUGGAGACGUGGGGCCUUUGGGACCACCAGGACCCCCCGGACCCCGAGGCCCCGCCGGAGCCUCCGGAGCAAGCGGUCCGCAAGGCCCCACCGGAGGUAUCGGGAACCUCGGUCCUCCAGGACAGAAGGGUGAUCCAGGGGAGCCUGGGGGUCCAGGGGUUACCGGGGAGCCCGGUGGAAAGGGCCCCAGAGGCGAAAGGGGAGAGAAAGGAGAACCCGGAGCUGCUGGAGUUGCUGGACCGCCGGGCGGAAAAGGGCCCACCGGAGACGACGGACCCAAGGGAAACCCUGGUCCCGUUGGUUUUCCCGGAGACCCUGGACCCCCUGGCGGAAUGGGGCCGCGGGGCCAAGAUGGUGCCAAGGGCGAGCGUGGAGAGGAUGGGGAGCCCGGAGAAGCGGGUUCUCCGGGUGUAACAGGAGAGAAUGGACCUCCCGGCCCCCCAGGAAAGAGGGGCCCCGCCGGAAGCCCUGGCCCCGAAGGAAGGCAAGGCGGCAAAGGCAAAAAGGGCGAGGCAGGAGCCGUGGGCCCCCCAGGGAAGACGGGCCCCGUGGGGCCACAGGGGACCCCGGGGAAGCCAGGGACGGACGGACUCAGGGGCCUCCCAGGAUCAGUGGGAGCCCAAGGAAAGCCGGGACAGACAGGCCAAGCAGGCCCUCCGGGGCCAGUGGGCCCCCCUGGAUUGGCUGGGCUGCGAGGGGACGUCGGAUCCAAGGGAGAGAAGGGCCACCCCGGCCUCAUUGGCCUGAUCGGACCCCCAGGAGAACAAGGGGAGAAGGGGGACCGCGGCCUCCCUGGUCCCCAUGGAUCCAAGGGCCCCAAAGGAGAAACGGGAAUCCCCGGCCCGUCCGGCCCCAUUGGCCCCGCAGGACCUCCCGGAUUGCCUGGUCCCCCCGGACCCCAAGGAGCUAAAGGAGCCACCGGUGCAGCAGGACCUAAAGGUCAGCGCGGAGUGAACGGACCUCCAGGACAUCCGGGCCCCCCAGGAGAGGUCAUCCAGCCGCUGCCCAUCCAGAGGCCCAAGAAGAACAAGCGCUCGGUUGAUGGCAGCCAGAUUGUUCCGGAGAAGGAGGAGGAGGAGGAAGAGAGGAUGGCGGCUUCGGAGGCAGGAGGGCACCGCCUUUCCCAGGGCAUGGAGGAGGUCUACGGGUCCCUGAACUCCCUGCGGCAGGAAGUGGAGCACAUGCGGAAGCCCCUGGGCACCAAGGAGAGCCCCGCCCGCACCUGCCAGGACCUCUGGCUCAGCCGCCCAGAGACCCCCGACGGCGAAUACUGGAUCGAUCCCAACCAGGGCUGCUCCAGGGAUUCCUUCAAGGUCUUCUGCAACUUCACCGCCGGAGGAGAGACCUGCGUGUUCCCCAGGAAGGAGGUCCGGGAGGUACCGAUGUCCGCCUGGGAGGAAGAAACGCCCCAAUCCUGGUUCAGUGGGUUCCAGAGUGGCAGCCGGUUCUCCUAUGAGGACGCCGAGGGCUACCCGCUGGGGGUGGUGCAGCUGACCUUCCUGCGCUUGCUGAGCGUCUCGGCCCGGCAGAACUUCACCUACCACUGCCUCCGAUCGGCCGCCUGGCACAGCCGCCUACCCCCUGCCACCGGAGGGUCCUCCACUUCGGUGGGGGGCUACCAGCAGGCCCUGCGCUUCAUGGGGGCCAACGAGGAGGACAUCAGCUAUGACAACAGCCCUUACGUCAAGGCCCUGGCUGACGGAUGCGCGCCCCGGAAGGGCCCCAGCUCCACGGUCCUGGAGGUGCUCACCCCUCGCGUGGAGCAGCUGCCCCUCUUGGAUGUGCGCCUGAUGGACUUUGGGAGCCCCGGCCAGAAAUUCGGAUUCCAGGUGGGACCGGUCUGCUUCCUGGGAUGAAGAGGGACCCCCUCCGGACCCUCGCGACCCCCGGCCUCCGCCUUCGAAACAGCCGCGGAGCAUCACCACGGACCCACCACCACCAACCAAGACCGAGGGCCCCGUCGCCGUGGUGAUGGCCAUAUUGGGGGAGAUGGGGGCAGCUGACCGACCAAAGAGACUCGGACAUCGGGACACCAAACAGAUCUCUAUUGCAUUGCGUGUGCAUUUUGGCCACAACAGAAGAAUCCCCAGUGGGUCUUGCCCUCCCGCUUGCCCCGGCACCUGCUUUGCAUGCUCAGAAAGCCAUUUAAAAGACACCCUCCCCAUCCCCAGUUCCAAGAGAGGAGACCCCCACAAAGGGGGAGGAUUGCUCAGCCCUCUUCCCCACAUGAGACCCCCUCCAAUCUUUGUUAUUUCAACAUCCCAAAACAAGAGUGGGACUGGGACAUCCCUCGAUCUGGAAACUAUACUCUUACAGGUGCAGCCUAGAAUCACAUUGGUUUACCUGCCGCUCAGCUUGUGCUCUCCCAAGACUCCUCUAUCCUAGAUAGGCAGGUGCUCUCUAUCCGUACCGUAUAUUACUUCUCUCCAUUUAGACACUCUGUUCCUUUGGAUGCAGCCUAGAAUCGCAUUGGCCUUUUCCGCUGCUGCAGCGCCUUCUUGGCUCGUGCUCUGCUUGCCUCCCACUGAGGUCCUUCCCAAAGGCCCUGCGCUCGGUGCUAUCUCCUCCCUACCUCAGAGAGAGCAACCCCCUUUCAACCCAAACACUUCCCAACAUUCCUGCUGAUUUACAUCUUCCUAUUUUGGCCAAAUCAGCCGUUUAAGACUAAUCCCCCCUCCCCAAAAAGCAGAGAUCUAUUUCGGAGAAGCCCCCCGCCAUCUCUCCGCAUUCAAACCACAAAAAGGGAUCCGUUUUUCUCUCUCCGUAACGCCGCCCCCCGGAUGAGAAAGAAGACUGUGUAUUUCUAUUUUGUUUUUAUAAGAGAAAGAAAGAAAAAAUUAAAUUAAUUAUAUUAUUUAAAGGAGUGGAUAUUAAAAAAGAGAGAGAGAGAGAGAAAGGAAAAGACUAUUAUUUUUUUUGGUCUCCUGCUGCACAUUUUAACAGUAUUUUAAGAGAAAGGAAAUAAGAAAACAGAGUUUCUGGUGCUUAGGAAAAUAAAAGAGGAAAUCAAUUUAAUGAUCUCUUGGUCGCCUACGGACAAAGAUUUAAAAACAAACGGCCGCCCAAACCGGUUUUGCCUUUUUGUUUUCUAAAAGGUGCUGCGGGCGCCCCUUCGGUGCUGGGCGUAGGUGAACCCCAAAGGGGUCGUGGUUUUGUAAGUAAAAUUGUGGAAAAUUGUAUUGUCUAAUAGAAAAAAAAAUCUAUGAAUUUUGCUGCUC